AAAAGCCUUCUGUCCUACUGCUUCCUCACCGACAUCCAACCUCACAUGAUCGCAGAUGCUCUUUCAUAUCAGCUAAAACCAGUCACAGUUCUUCGUCUUCAAUUGGUUUUUCACGUCACCGAAGGUCACGUGGUGAACGGUGAUGAUGGGUUUCGGAAGUGGGCUUCUCGUUCUGUUUCUGUGCAUUGUCAAAACAGCUUGUGCUGUGAACACGAGCGACCAUCGUGGCCAUGGAGAUUAUGUGCAGUUCCUUCUUGCUAAUGGAGUUGCUCGAACUCCUCCAAUGGGGUGGAACAGUUGGAAUCAUUUUCAAUGCGGAAUCGAUGAAUGGACUGUGAAGAGCACUGCUGAUGCACUUGUUUCCACUGGUUUGGCUGGACUUGGAUACAAGUAUGUAAACAUUGAUGAUUGUUGGGCUGAAAGAAACAGAGAUCAGAUGGGCAAUUUGAGGGCAAAGUCUUCGACUUUCCCUUCUGGAAUCAAGGCCCUGGCGAAUUAUGUGCACGCAAAGGGGUUAAAACUCGGAAUAUACUCGGAUGCCGGGUAUAGUACCUGCAGCAUGACAAUGCCCGGGUCUCUCGGGCAUGAAGAUCAAGAUGCGAGAACUUUUGCCGCUUGGGGAGUGGACUAUUUGAAGUAUGAUAAUUGCUACCAUGAUGGAUCCAAACCUCAACAAAGGUUCUUGAGAAUGAGCUAUGCAUUGCAGAGAGCCAAACGGCCAAUACUUUAUUCUCUCUGUGAAUGGGGAGAGGAGAAUCCGGCAAAAUGGGCCGGUCAGCUCGGCAAUUCUUGGCGAACGACGGGGGAUAUUAAAGACAGAUGGGAUAGUGUUACCUCCAUUGCGGAUAUCAACAACAUAUGGGGAAGAUUUGCCGGACCGGGUCGGUGGAACGAUCCUGACAUGCUGGAGGUGGGCAACGGAGGGAUGACUUUAGAGGAAUACCGAUCCCACUUUAGCAUCUGGGCUGUCAUGAAAGCUCCUUUGCUAAUUGGAUGCGACAUCCGGUCCGCAAGCAGAGAAACUCUUUCAAUACUGGGGAACAAGGAGGUGAUCGAUGUGAAUCAGGAUCCUUUGGGAGUUCAAGCGAGAAAGCUUCGAUCAAAGGCUGGGCUGGAAGUCUGGGCCGGACCGUUGUCAAGAAGAAGAGUGGUGAUAGUGUUGUGGAACAGAAGCGGCUUGGUGGCCCCUAUAACGGUCGGAUGGAGGGAAAUUGGGCUCUCUCCGUCGCAAGCUGUCAUUGUUAGAGAUGUCUGGAAGCAUUCAUUUGUCUCGAAGAGCAUGAGGUUCCAUUUGACUGCACUUGUUGCUCCUCAUGCUAGCAAGAUGUAUGUGUUCACCCCCGUUUAAUGCAAGGCGCGGUUGGUGAAAGGACACAGUGCAUCAAUUCAAGUGAAGAAGUGUAAAUUUGUGAUGAACUGUGUGGUAUUGGAGACAGAUUAUAUCAUAAUGAUUCCCAUGAUGAUUUAGCUAUUGCUUUUGAAAUGAAUCCUCUUAUUGUUGCGACUCGACCAUUGGAAGGAUCAAGAAUGACUCAUCUUAAAUUUUAA